UUUCGCUAUAAAUAAAUGCAAAAAAGAAAAAGAGAGAAAAAAGCCAUCGCGUGCCGUCUCCCACGCAUCGUGCUCCGCGAAACCCGGUUAGCCAGAGAAACCCAGCGAGCGAUCGAGGCGGUUGUCGCGCCGCGCUCGCGUCGCAUGGCGGGUGGGUGAGUGAGUGGCAUCGUCGUCGUCGUCGUGCACAUGCUAGCGGAACCCUAUCCAUUGUUCGGGACCGGUGAUCACCGUGCGUGAUGGAUGAGGCCGCAGCGGCGGAGGCAGUGCAACUACUCGACGGCGAGGGGGAGUUCGGGGGCGAGGCGGCGGAGCGGUUCAUGGCCGCCGCGGGCGUCGCCGGCUGCGGCCUCUCCUACGCCGUCGUCUCCAUCAUGGGACCCCAGAGCAGCGGAAAGAGUACGUUGCUGAACCAACUCUUUGGAACUAAUUUUAGGGAGAUGGAUGCGUUCAGGGGAAGGAGUCAAACUACCAAAGGCAUCUGGAUAGCACGUUGUGUUGGUGUUGAGCCUUGUACUAUUGUGUUGGAUUUGGAGGGUACUGAUGGAAGAGAAAGAGGAGAGGACGACACUGCAUUUGAGAAGCAAAGUGCGUUGUUUGCUCUUGCAAUUUCAGACAUUGUUCUAAUUAACAUGUGGUGCCAUGAUAUUGGCCGGGAACAAGCUGCCAAUAAGCCUCUUCUAAAGACAGUAUUUCAGGUCAUGAUGCGUUUGUUUAGUCCCCGGAAGACAACACUAUUAUUUGUUAUACGUGAUAAGACCAGGACUCCACUUGAGCAUCUAGAACCAGUUCUGAGGGAGGAUAUCCAAAAGAUAUGGAACUCUGUUGCUAAGCCAGAUGCGCACAAAGACACCCCUAUCAGUGAAUUUUUCAAUGUGCAAGUCACUGCGUUGCCCAGUUUUGAGGAAAAAGAAGAACAAUUCAGAGAGCAGGUUCAACAACUUAGGCAGAGAUUUUCAAAUUCAAUUGCACCAGGAGGCCUUGCAGGUGAUAGAAGAGGAGUGGUUCCCGCUUCAGGGUUUUUGUUUAGUUCACAACAGAUUUGGAAAGUUAUACGAGAGAACAAGGAUCUUGACCUACCUGCUCACAAGGUAAUGGUUGCUACAGUUCGAUGUGAUGAAAUUGCACAUGAAAAGUUUUCCUGCCUAACAUCAGAUGCAGAAUGGAUGGAUUUGGAGAAUGCUGUCCAGUCAGGUCCAGUACCUAGUUUUGGGAAAAAACUCGGCUACAUAGUGGAUGUCCACAUGCAAGAGUAUGACAAAGAAGCCAUUUAUUUCGAUGAAGCCGUUAGGACAACAAAACGACAACUGUUGAAAUCUAGAGUACUGAAUCUUGUCCAACCUGCGUUCCAGAAAAUGUUGGCUCACCUGCGAACGAGGGCUCUUGAAAAAUAUAAAACUGACCUUAAUCUUACCUCGGAGAGUGGAAAAGGUUUCGCAGCAUCGGUUCGAGAAACUACUGAAUCCUCCCUCAACGAAUUUAAUCAAGGAUGUGCAGAUGCUGUAAUCAAGCAAGCAGACUGGGACUACUCUAAAAUACUAGAGAAGGUUCGCCGUGAUAUUGAAGACCACACACUUGCAAUUCGUGAAAGCAAGCUAUCAGAAUUGACAAACCAUGCUAAGGAGAAACUGAGAAAAGCACUCUCUGAACCUGUAGAGUCUCUUUUCGAUGCUGCAGGCCAUACAACCUGGGCAUCGAUAAGAAAUCUAUUUAAACGUGAAACAGAGGCUAUCCUGCCAGAGUUUCGGAAAAACCUUUCUGGGUUUGAAAUGGAAAGUACAUCUUCAGAACAAAUGGUGUCAAAUUUAAGGGAUUAUGCCAGAAGUAUCGUAGAAAAUAAAGCUAAAGAAGAAGCUGGCAAAGUUUUGAUGCACAUGAAGGAGAGGUUUACAAUGGUUUUCAGUCAUGACAAGGAUUCUAUCCCAAGGGUCUGGACAGGGAAGGAAGAUGUCCGUGCAAUAGCAAAAGAUGCUCGAUCUGCUGCUCUCAAACUUCUCUCUGUGAUGACUGCCAUUCGGUGGGAUGAGAAACCCGAUAGGAUAGAAAACAUCCUCACGUCGACACUUCUAGAUGGUUCUGUUACAUCGAAAGGUACAAGUGCUUCUAGUGAUCCACUUGCUUCAACUACUUGGGAAGAGGUUUCUCCAAAGUAUACCCUCAUUACUCCUUCUCAAUGCAAGUCACUGUGGAAGCAGUUUAAAGCAGAAACUGAGUUCACCAUUACACAAGCGGUUUCCACACAGCAAGCUCACAAGCGUGGGAAUGGUAGGCUGCCUCCUCCUUGGGCCAUGGUGGCCAUUGCAGUUCUUGGUUUUAAUGAGAUCAUGGUGCUUCUAAGGAAUCCAAUAUAUCUGUUCUUGCUAUUUGUGGGUUAUUUGCUGGUCAAAGCUUUAGCAGUGCAGCUAGAUAUCAACAGAGAAUUCCAAAAUGGCGUGGUUCCUGGGAUCAUCUCUGUUACAGCAAAACUAGUGCCCACACUACAGAACAUUCUAAACAAAGUUGCAGCAGAUCAACAACAGCAAGGGCAUCACCAAGAGGCUGCUGCAGAAUCUCUAGAACGACAGCAACAACCACAGCAGCAGCAGCAGCAGCCACCCCCUCUACUCCUGAGCCCCAGAAGCCCAAUGAGCGAGCUCCGGAGGAUGCACAUGCCAUUCAGCCCGGUGCCAUUGAGCCCAGUGCGCAGGGCCGCGUCACCUUCACCGUCCUCAUCAUCGUCUUCCACCGUUUCAUCACCCAGGAACUCCGGUGAAGACCAGAAACCCAGGCAAAUGGUAGAGCCUGACAAUGAAUCCAACAAUGCUUACUCUUCUAUAGUAUGAUCUUUGGGGGUGAUCAGCUGAUAGUGUAUACUGUCCAACUUGAAGGUAUGGUCAUUUUGUUGUUCUCAUUUGAAUGCAUAUGGUAAUGAUCACAGCAAUGAUCCAUCGUCAGUAUAGGUAUCAAGAUUCAAGACAGAAUAAUUCAAAAUACUUUGUCUCGCAAAUUUUGUAAGGAGGGUGGCUAAUUGUAGAAUGGACAAACAAUUGCUACUGGACACUACUUUUCAGCAUAUAUAGAAGCAUGUAGGAACGAUUUAAUUGCAAUGCCUAGGAUAUGGUAAAUGAAAAACAAAAUCUUGGCUAAAGUAUAUAUCUUUUUUUUUUUUGCCUUGUCACAUUUCACAGUAUUACAU